GUAUACAACGCUGUAUUCUAGGGUCCCAAUUUAUUCCACACCCACGCCGAUGACAGUCUUUUUGUCCUUUGAGUUUACCCAAGUUGCUCAAGUAUCCAAGGCUGCACUCGCAUUUGUGUCUACAAACUAAAUCAAACAGAUGCAGUUGCUGAUGAAGAUCUCCUCUUCAGAUUCAGCUUAGAAUUUCCGCCAUGUUUCCCCCUGAUUCUGGUUCGGGUGAUUCUGGUUCAGGGCAACCUGUUCCUGGUAAAAAAUUAACUGUUCAAGAGAUAAUCAAGAAGAUACAAAACCUGAAUGAUCGUCUCUCCAAUGCCAAAAGGGAUGAUGGCGAUCAGAAUAACAACAGCCAUGUUAAUGUAGGUGGAAACAGCAUCACCACAGCAAUAGAUGGCCAUCCAGUGGCAGAGGAGAAUGUUGCUACUGAUCCUGCCAGAAAGGAAAAAAAGGAGGAGAAAAAGGAUGAUCACAAGGAUGAGAACAGCAAAAAGGGACAGUCUGAUCAUCAGAAGGAGAAGGGUGAUUUGGAGAAGGUGAAGGGUGAAUUGGAAAAGUUAUGCAAAGAACUCGAGUUCAUGAAACUUGCAUUCCAGAAACUCAAAAAAUUUGAAGAUGAUUUGACAAAACCAUUCCAGACUCUUGAAAAGAAUGUUGUUGACAUUGAAAAAGAUCUACGAUCAGGCCGAAAUAGAUACUCAAAGCAGGUUCAGAGCAAUCUUCGCGUGCUGAGGAACAACAUCACAAAAAUCAAGAUCCAGAUUCCAUUGCAGCACCACACUACUCAGACAAAUUCUGAAUCUCGUGGUUACAAGGAGACAGUUGCCAGCAAAGAGCACGAUGACCUGCCCAACCUGAAUCAUAACGAGUCAAAACUUAAGCAGAGUGCCUACUGUAAAGAACUUAUUCAAAAAUAUGAGAAAUGUCUUGAUGACAGGCACAAGUUAUGCUUGCUAUCAUUUGCAGUUUUCCCGGAAAAUGCAGAGGUUAAGGAGAGGCUUCUAAGGUAUUGGUGGGUUGGAGAAGAUAUAAUACCACCAGAUGGGAGGGAAAAGAAAUUCACAAAUGAAACUUUAAAGACAUUUGUGGAGAUGAAGUUCAUUGAGCCUGUUAACAAGAAAAAUAAAUUAAGCCCAAGAAGCUACAGGAUGUACCCAAUUGUUCGUUCUGCCUUGAUUAUUAAGGCUGGAGAGGAACGGUUCUUCGAUUAUGAUGACGAUGGGAACCCUACAAUGGAUUUUUUAAAGUGUUACAAGGCAUGCUUGGUAAAGGCUGAAGAAGAAUCUUCUAGAAUAUCGAAGCAUUUUAGCAAGAAUGAGGAGGAGCUGGGAAAAUUGGAAACGUUGUUCAAUGUCAGUGAGCAGUUUCCUGAUUUCAAAGAGGAGUGGUUCUCCAAGAUGAAAAGGGUCAGGGUUCUUUAUCUGGGAAGAUGGGAGAGCUCAACUGAUCGGCACAUUGAAGUGGAAAGCACCGUCUGCUUUAAAGGGUUGAGUAAGAUGAAGAAUUUGAGGUUCCUUAGUCUUCAAGGAAUCUCAGGAAUCAAAACUCUGCCCAAUUCUCUUUGCCAGGCAGCUAAAUUGAGCAUCUUAGAUCUCAGGGCAUGUCACAAUUUGGAGGAACUUCCGGACAACAUAGGAUCAUUGAAGAAGCUGACUCUUUUGGAUAUAUCUGAGUGCUAUUUGUUAGAUCAAAUGCCCAAAGAACUGUCCUCUCUUUCAGAACUCAAAAUCUUCAAGGGGUUUGUGAUUAGUGAUCAUGAAAAGACCUGUUCUCUUGAGGAAUUGGCAGCACUAAAGAAGCUCGAGAAACUGAGCAUCAACAUAAUAGACAAAGACUAUCUUCCCGGAGAACUGGGCUAUGCCAUCCCUAAUUUUGAAAAGCUUAAGAAGCUUAAAAUAGCAUGGGGAGGGGCAACAUUGACAGCUGGAGCAGGAGAAGAAUCUAAGGAAUUGAGUAGCAAAGAGAAAGAAACAGACAAUGAGAAAAGGCAGAAAAGUGGUAAAAAAUCUGUGAGGCGCACAACCACACUGGCUAAGCAGAAACCUGGGAAUGUAGCGAAAAUUGUGAAACUGGAACUCCAAUGUUACCCGGAAACAACACCACCCUCUUGGUUAGCGCCUAAGUCUGAGUUUCUUGAUUGCCUAGAGAAACUCUAUAUUAAAGGUGGAAGACUCCAUAACCUUCCAGAGAUAGUGCCUGAGACUGAGACUAAGUGGAAGGCAAAGAUCUUACGUUUGAAGUACUUGAGUGAUUUAAAAACUGACUGGAAAGAACUGCAGGAAAUGUUUCCCGAUUUGGAGUAUUUGGAGAGAGUCAGAUGCCCUAAAGUCAUGUUCUGCCCCUGUGACGGGGAUGGAUGGUGCCAGUUGACUCCACUCCUGAAAGAUGGAGUUGAAAGCUAAUCCGUUGUUUGUUCUUGUCAUCGGAACUAAGUUUCUGUGGAUUUCUGUGCUUUUAUUAUUCAUGUUUGCAUUUGAGUUGAUUGUAAUGUUGAACCUUUAAUGUGUGAGUGACGGUUGUGAUAUUUCCUUUGUUCAAUAUUUUUUAAUAUGCAAGUUCUUCUCAUAAUGUUGUUGGCUCUCACCCUCUAAUAAUUUUGACUUUUUGAG